GGUUGGGAGGGUGCGCCGGGAACUUCCGGGCGAGUUUGGCGCAUUUCCGGUCAAGAUGGCGGCGCCCAGCAGAGUCAGGUGCGGGCGACUCUGUCUUUAGUAGCGGCGGCGACUCGCGGCCCGGGGAGGUGAGGCUCGGGUUAGUGAGACCCCCAGGAGUCGACCCGACGGGACGCCAGGGCUACCUCAGCGGUGACCACCCCCUCUCCCAGGCACAUUCUUCCCUUCACAAACAGCCCAUGGCGGACCAAGGCUCCGGGGGCAGCCGCCUCCCCCUGGCGCUGCCCCCGGCCUCCCAGAGUUGUUCCUCAGGGGGCGGCGGCUCCUCGGCGGGGAACCCGGGCCAUCCUCCGCCCCCGCGAAACCUCCAAGGACUCCUGCAGAUGGCUAUCACGGCGGGCUCUCAGGAACCAGACCCCCCUCCAGAACCCAUGAGUGAGGAGAGGCGGCAGUGGCUGCAGGAGGCCAUGUCAGCCGCCUUCCGGGGCCAGCGCGAGGAGGUGGAGCAGAUGAAGAACUGCCUGCAGGUGCUGACCCGGCCCGCGGCCCCCUUGGCUGGGGAGGCCGACCUGGCCGCCGACCAGCAGGAGCGCGAGGGGGCCCUGGAGCUGCUGGCCGACCUGUGUGAAAACAUGGACAACGCUGCAGACUUCUGCCAGCUGUCAGGCAUGCACCUGCUGGUGGGCCGGUACCUGGAGGCGGGCCCCGCGGGGCUGCGGUGGCGGGCGGCGCAGCUCAUCGGCACGUGCAGCCAGAACGUGGCGGCCAUCCAGGAGCAGGUGCUGGGCCUGGGCGCCCUGCGCAAGCUGCUGCGGCUCCUCGACCGGGACUCCUCCGACCUGGUGCGCGUGAAGGCCCUGUUCGCCAUCUCCUGUCUGGUCCGGGAGCAGGAGGCUGGGCUGCUGCAGUUCCUGCGCCUGGACGGCUUCUCCGUGUUGAUGCGGGCCAUGCAGCAGCAGGUGCAAAAGCUCAAGGUCAAGUCGGCGUUCCUGCUGCAGAACCUCCUGGUGGGCCACCCCGAACACAAAGGGACCCUGUGCUCCAUGGGGAUGGUGCAGCAGCUGGUGGCCCUGAUCCGGACAGAACACAGCCCCUUCCAUGAGCAUGUGCUCGGAGCCCUGUGCAGCCUGGUGACAGACUUCCCCCAGGGCGUGCGGGAGUGCCGGCAGCCCGAGCUGGGCCUGGAGGAACUGCUCCGUCACCGCGUGCAGCUGCUGCAGCAGCACGAGGAGUACCAGGAGGAGCUGGAGUUCUGUGAAAAACUGCUGCAGACCUGUUUCUCCAGCCCGACGGAUGACAGCAUGGAUCGGUGAAGCCUGGUGCUUGUCAGCCCUCUCCGUGGGAACCCAGGCCUCCCGCCUCCCAGAGAGAGAGCAGGGCCUUCCUGGUGCCCGGCCAGGGCGUGCCAUCGGUCUCUGCUCAGCCCCCUCCCCCCUGCAGGGGCGCUGGGAAAGGCGCCGCUCCUCGGACCCCACCUGGCCCUCAUGCCCUCCCCCUUCUUGUGUCCACACUGUUCUAAUAAAGGCGUUUCUCCUCCGGCUCA